CCUGUAUCUUAUGAAUGGACUGAUGGUGUUUUGGCAAUUAGUUAUCGUGCUUUCGCAACAUCGACCACUCCAAAUCGCAAAUGGUUGAUAUUUGAUGGUCCAAUAGACGCGGUGUGGAUAGAAAGUAUGAAUACCGUAUUGGAUGACAACAAAAAGCUUUGUCUAAUGAGCGGAGAAAUUAUCCAAUUAGCACCAUAUACCAAUCUAGUGUUCGAGACGAUGGAUUUGGAACAUGCUUCACCGGCAACAGUUUCUCGCUGCGGCAUGAUCUAUAUGGAACCGAGUGAUCUUGGCUGGGAUCCUUUGCUUAAAUCUUGGAUAAAUACUCUUCCUAAUGUCAUAAGUGCGUGGUUAAGAAACUUUAUAUACGAGUCACUAUUUCGAAGAUUUUGCGAUCCCAUACUUUAUUGGUUACAUCAGGACAUCGCUGAGAUAAUAUGUCCCAUGCAGGAUACAAAUCUUGUACGUUCACUGACCUAUCUGAUGGAUUGUUUUAUCGAUGAAUAUCACGAUGAAAAAAUUGCCAAGAAUAUCGAUGAACUGGAUCUUCGAGCGCAAAUCGAGGGUUCAUUUUUCUUUUCAUGUAUAUGGGGUCUGGGAGGUAACAUACACACAAAAUCAAGAGAAAGCUUUAGCGAUCUUUUCCAUGGUUUUCUCGAAAAAACCUUUCCUCCUGAUUUGAUAGAAAGCUACAAGUUGAAAGCUCCGAUAGAACCACCUUUAAAGCCAUAUAUAUUUCUUAUGCCACGACAUGGUCUGAUCUUUGAUUAUAGAUUCAUCAAAGAGGGUAAAGGAAAAUGGAAACUGUGGUCCGAUGAUUUGAUCGACAUUCCACCAAUCCCUCGAGACAUACCUGUGAAUCAAAUAAUAGUGCCUACUGUCGAGACGAUACGAUACAUAGCUUUGUUUCGUUUAUUAGUAGGGAAUAAAAAACCUGUGUUGCUCGUGGGUCCGACCGGAACAGGAAAAUCAGUUUACGUAAUCGAUUUUCUAUUGAAGAAAAAUAAUCCUCAGGACAAUAAACCGUUGAUCAUAAAUUUUUCCGCGCAAACUACGGCGAAUCAAACUCAGGACACAAUUAUGGGAAAGUUAGAUAGACGACGGAAAGGUGUUUACGGAGCGCCGAUAGGGAAAAAAUGGAUCGUUUUUGUUGAUGAUCUUUCGAUGCCAUUGAGAGAAAUUUACGGGGCACAACCUCCAAUCGAGUUGUUACGACAAUGGCUAGAUCACGGAGAAUGGUUCGAUAGAAAAGAAAGGACUAUGAUAAAAUUGAUCGAUGUACAGCUAAUGUGUGCCAUGGAUCGACCGUAUCGUGGUGGAAAAGAUGUUACACCUCGAUUUAAAAGGCAUAUGGUCGUUUUAGCGAUAUCGGAGUUUGAAGACGAAGUAAUGUUUACGAUAUUUAGUAAAAUCUUUCUUUGGCAUCUUGACACCAGGUAAGAUAUAAAUUUUCUUCUUUUUCUCUAUUAUU